AACUACAAAACCCCAGCAGAAAGCCCCAAGAAAAACACACAGUAGAAGACACUCACGGGCACACACAGUGAGGCCUGAGAGACGACGAUGCAAAGAUGGUGCUCAAAGCUCCGGACACUGGCUUCGGCACUGCAUUCCUCAGCAAAGCCGCAAAAUCCCACCCCAAUUUCCAUACGGCCCCUCCACAUUUCUCCUAAUUUACUCAACAAGUCCACUGCCCAAUUUGCAAAUAUCCCCAAAUUUAAGGCCCUUCAAAAUGUCCCUCAAGUUCCUCACCCCUCAAACUCCAAUCCGUCUCAUCUCCCUCUUUCUUUUUUUCAAGUUAGGCAUAUUACUGCAAAACAGAGGAAAAGAAGGUUAAAGAGUAGGCAACCAUUGACUCCAAUCACUUCCAAAGUCAAGAAAAUCAAAAUGAAAUGUUAUUCGUCAUUUAAGGGAAGAUUUAGAGUUAUGAAUGAUGGGCAAAUUAGGCGUUGGAAGGAAGGGAAGCGGCACAAUGCACAUUUAAAGUCUAAGAAAGCAAGGCGCAGGCUUAGACGUCCUGGUACUGUCCCAUUGGCUUAUGCAAAAGUGAUGAAGAAGCUCAACUUUUCUGGAUGAACUACUAUUGACCUCACGGCUGCUACUGUUUUUGCUUGAAAAAAGGCAUUUGUCAAAGCUAGUUUUUAUUUGUUCUGUAACUCAUUUUUUAGAAUAGAACUCUGGUGAAAAACAUUUUUCUAGGGAUUUUCUGCAGCCCAUUCUUUUAAUUACUGCACAUUAACUUGAACGAUAACAGGCUAUUACACAACCGAUCUGGAUUGAAAAAUCCCUUUGGCAAUGAAAUAUCGAAUAAUAGACUAGUAGCUUUCUGGAUUAAA